AUGCAGUCAAUUCUCCAGCACCGCAGGAUCCGCCAGAAGAUCGAGCAACAAUUUGUUACAAAGCAUGAGAAGCCCAGGGAUGUCUGGACCCACGAGGGCCGCUACGAUUAUCAUGAAGGAGAAAUUCACACCCAGCCUCGCGAGGAAGGUGAUGACUUGGCUGCCGGACGAAGGAGGGAGCACGGUCAUCGCACUUUUAUAUCUGGGCCGGCCCUUCAUCCUCGCCAUACCGCUCGAUCACAUCUGGAGCGGGAGGGAGAUAUCGAGGGUGCCGAGGUCGACCCGGAAAUCUCAACCGAUCCGCAUACCAUCAAUGCAGAAGAGACACUGGGAAACACAGCUGAUAUCAUGGUGACUGGUGUUGAAAGACCCUGGCCACCUGAUCAUGCGACGGAUAGUGAAACUGAUGUUGAGUCAGUGAAAAGGAACAAAAUCAUUAUCGUCACAUUUGAAGGUGACUGUGAUAAGAUGGACCCUCACAACUGGUCACUCAGACGUCGAAUAUUGACGACUAUUCUCACUUCCCUUACUGGAUUUGUGAUCUUCUGGUCAUCCACAAUCGAUGCCACUGCUUUCACAUCUACUAAAAAAUUCUUUCAUACCAGCUCUGAGGUUCAGAGUUUGCCGACUGAAGUCUUCGGACGCAACCCCGUGUACAUCCCCACCAUGAUCGGGUUCAUGUUGUUCAACAUGGGCGCAGGGUUAAGUCAAACAGUGGUACAGCGAAUAGUUUGCCGCGGCCUAGCUGGACUCUUCGGAUCUGCCCCGGGGGUUUUAUCAGCAGCAUCCCUCGUGGACAUCUGGUCACGCAUUGAACGAGUCUACACCUUCCCUGCCUUUUCGAUAAUCAUCUUCACGGGUGCAUUGGUGGGCCCAAUACCAGGAUCAUUCGCCGUCCAUGCUCACUCGGUAAGCUGGCGGUGGGUGGACUGGAUGACCAUAAUCCUAUCAGGACUCAUCCUGAUCCCGGUUGUGCUCUUCCUACCGGAGACAUACAGCCCGAUCCUGCUGUACUGGAAAGCGAAAGAGCUCCGCCGCCUUACAGGCGACGACCGGUACCGGUCCCCGCUAGAGUUUAGAAAAGCCACGUUCACCAAACGCAUGCGUUCCUCACUAUAUCGACCACUUUCGCUUUUUUUGACGGAACCCAUUAUCAUGAUCCACUCGGUCUCCCUCUCCCUGCUAUUCAUGAUCCUGUACACCUUCAUCGCGGGCUAUGUCUCCAUCUAUGAGGUGGCAAACCACUUCACCCAGACCUCCACCGCCCUCGCGUUCUUGGGAAUUGAGGUUGGAGUCGUUCUUUCUGCACUGACUGUCCCACUUUCAAUGUGGCUCCUCCGUAGAGAGAUCUACCGCAGCCGUGAGAGGGGCCAGAAUCGCCCAGACCCGGAGAUCAGUCUGUAUAUGAGUAUGUUCGGUGCGCCUGCUGUCCCCAUCUCUCUAUUCUGGAUGGGCUGGACGGCUAAACUCCAAAUUUCUUUUUGGAGCCCGCUUGUCGCUUCAGUAUUCUAUGGCUUUGGGACGUUGUGUCUUUUCGUCUCGGGGUACCAGUACGUCGCCGAUGCGUACGAGUCACAUGCCGCAAGCGCGCUUUCCUGUCUUCAGAUGUCGCGGCUUGUUGCUGCCGGUAUUAUGAGGAUCAUCGCUGAAACUAUGUACAAGAAGCUUGGUGUUUCAUGGACGUUGACUCUAUUGGGUGGGAUUUCAUUAAUCUUUUUGCCUGUGCCUUACUUGCUCUAUUGGAAGGGGCAUAAGAUCCGUUCACGCAGUCGUUAUGCACGCAGGAAUGAAUGA